CUCCCCUUAUCGUUCAAUGCUCCGCCUCUGCUUUCUCUCUUCCGCUGCGACAUUGUGGUGCCUGGUGGGCAAGUCUUCGCCAUGUCCUCCCACAAGACGUUCAAGAUCAAGCGGUUUCUUGCUAAAAAGCAGAAACAGAACCGGCCCAUCCCACAAUGGAUCCGUAUGAAAACUGGCAAUAAGAUCAGAUACAACUCCAAACGGAGGCACUGGAGAAGGACCAAGCUAGGUCUGUAAAGAGAAGCCGCUGCAGCUCUUGUGACACGUCUUGUCCUGCGUCGAGGCCUCAGAUGGCCCCUUGCUAUUAAUCUCCCACAGCCCUUUUUUUCAAAGACGACGCACGUUGCAAAUAUCUUUUGUAAACCUUUAUUUUCACAAAGGGUGUUUUGAAAGAAUUAAAACUGAGUAAUGAAAAGCUUUGUGUACAAUUACUAUCCUUUUAGUUCUCAGUGCAUCUGUGUUUGAGAAAUUGUCGCCAGUGGAGAGAGGUUCAUUAAUAAAUAUGAGACUGAACAGAGUUUGGCGAAUUAA